CCACUGGCUACUCCGAUGGAGUGGUUGCGGUAGGCCUGCAUUGUGGCGUUAUGUUUGGGUCGUAGCAAUAACUUCUAGUAGCGUGUAUGCGCUAUGAGAGAUGCGUGCGACAUUUUCAUCGUACGUUGUGGAUGUUCUUCUGCACUGCCGUUCUUCAGUGCGCCAUCACUUGAGUGUGCGAUUUCCUUUGCAAUGGAGGUCAUGUCUUCAAACGCGUCGCUCUUAUUGUAUCAAGUUUUAAUAUCUUUGUCCGUAGCUUUAGCUAUAGACUUCACGAACAUGAAUAUUCAACGUUUGUAUCUUUGCAUCUUGGUGAGUGAUAAUGUCACGUCGCGCCAUCCCAUCUUGGCCAGCAGCAAACGUGGGCACACGUCCGCGCCUUCCAGCAACAUGGGAGCGUCUCAAAAACUUGCCCUUACCACAGCUUCUCGCCCUUCAAUGCGCAUCACUUGUCUAUACCUCGUUAUACUUCGCAAACAAUGUUUCGACGGCCAAAGAGCCUUCCCAGCUCUUCUUUGUCUCAUUCUUCUCGACCACCCAUUCAAACUGGUCGCACAAUGUGAUUGAUUGUCUCUGUUCAAGACAAGGACUUUUUUCUGUCUCGCAGUGCUCAUAGCUGCCUUAUAUCUCAAGCUCGUACGAAGACCAUCUCAACCCGUUAACGU